AAGAAGAAGAAGAAGAGGAAGAGGAGGAGGAGCAGGAGCAGGAAGAAGUGGAGGAGGAGGAGAACGCGGCACACGUGUGUUCGUGUCAGAUCGCGUGACGCUGGCCGCCGAAGAUCAAGGAAAGAUGGCAGUAAGCUGCUGAUGUGACUCUCCGUACGGUGGCGUGCCAUUCGCUCGUCGGCCAUUCAAGCUGAGCUGAGAUCGCCCCCGCACUAACGUUACACAUGGUAACUACAUUUCUCACGAUCGUUAGCGUGAGUGUCGAUAGCUGUGUCGUACAAUCGUUAAUAGUGCCACACGAUCGUUAAUAGUGCUACACGAUCGUUUAUAGUAUCGAUAGCUGUGUCACGUGAUCGUUUAACACGAUCGUCAUCAGGUUCACGGUGUCGUUAAUCUUGUCACCGUGUCCUUAACUGUGUGACGCGGUCGUUAACAGUGUCGUUAGUCGUGUCAUAGUGUCGUUAGCUGUGUCGUAGUGUCGUUAGCUGUGUCGCACAUUCGUCAACAGCUUCGUUAGCGGCGUGACACUAUCGUUAACACUGUCGUUAGAAGCCUCAUCAGUGUCAAGAUGAAGUCACAGCAGGUGAUAGUAACGAGCAGUGCCACCAAACUGAAGACGGAGAAAGUGCCGUGUGUCGUUAUCGUCACGUGUCGGACGCUGCUGUGGCUGCUGUUGACCUGUGUCACUGGCCUCGUCAUCGUCGCCGCCGUCAUGUCACCGCAGUGGAUAGUCGGACCGCCCGACCCGGUCGCCGCGACCCCUGGUGAGCUAUCGACGCAGAGUGACGCCCCCUAUUACGUGACGCUUGGCAUCUACAACCGCUGCACGCGGCUGCAAACGUACGACGCGUUCUUCAGCGACGCGUGCGCCCCCUUCGUGGAGGGUCUGAACAUGCUCGACCAGACGUGGUCGAACUUCUGGAAGACGGCCGUAAUCUUCUUCGGCAUCGGUCUGCUGCUGCUGCUCAUCACCAUAGCAACGGGACUGCUGGGACUCUGCGUGCAGGCGAUGUGCAAGAAGAGCUUGUUCGUCAUCUGUGGUCUCGUGCAGGCCAUAGCUGGACUCUUCUUCAUCGUGGCCGUCGUCAUGUAUCCGGUGGGCUGGGGAUCCACCAGAGUGCAGCACCUAUGCGGUACCAAUUCAGGGAUAUUCGUCAUAGACAAGUGCAAGCUAGACGUGACGGAUGUGCGAGAAAGUAGAGUUAAUCCAAAAAUAUUCUCUGAUGACUUCGAUGGGUCGAGGUAA